UAGGCUGCAUAGUAACUUUGUUUGUUACCAUCAAUGGAGGGUUCAGAAAGUUCCCAACCAAACCAUGGAAUUGACCCGUUGACUUGCUUCUACUUGUAUUUCUUUCACCUUUCUCGUCUCUGAAGCAAUAGAUUCCAUGCUGUAUUGCCAAGCCUUUGGGCAAUCAUCAAGAAUGAAUCAACUUCCCAUAUUUACGAGUGGAUUUGAAUUGGCAAAUUUAGCGGUUAACUCUAAUUUACUGCAUCUUUCAUUGAGUGCAAUCGCUGCUCUUCAAGAUGAAGUCAACCGAUUUCAACAACAGCAGCAGCAGUCUUUACCUCUAGGAUGCAGAGUUGAUAGACAAUCAAAGUAUACUAUUGUAGCUUUGGUUACUUCACCCUCUUGUACAAUUCAUCAUCUUCAACAAGGAGGAGAUUUGGUUUCAUCAGCAGACCUUAAGCAGAAGAACUUUCCCUUGUUUGAAUUCUUAUGCUCUAAAGGCAAUCCUUGUUUCUCCAUUCUUACAGCUGCAAUCACCCUCUUUUACAAUUGUUUUACAGAUCUCUCUUGCCUCAGAACCCAGUUAGUUGAUCCAGUGACUGGUAAUUUAUCAGUGGACACUCCAUUAAUUAUUACGGGAAAUUCUCUGGGUGGAUCAGUAGCUUCUCUCUUUACCUUAUGGCUGCUUGAUAGUAUCAGUCCACGCUCCAACAAACGUCCUUUCUGCAUCACUUUUGGAUCACCUUUGAUCGGCAAUUUAGGCCUCCAACGAGCGAUUUCAGAACGCUCAACAUGGAAUUCUUGCUUCUUGCAUGUUGCUGCAAACCAAGACCCAGUUCCAAGUCUCUUUCUCCGACCGCACAUUCCUCAAUUUUUGGCCUCAACUCCACAAACUAUUCUUUAUAGGCCUUUUGGUGCAUUUCUCUUGUGUUCUGAAUUGGGAUGUACUUGUGUUGAGGACCCUGAAGUAGUUGUUCGUUUUUUAGAAUCAAUGGCCUUGGAAAGCACGGGAAGUCAAAUUUCUGACGAAUACUUGCUGAGGUAUUAUGCAGAAAUAUUGGAGACGCUGAAAGCCAGACUUAUCUUGAAGAGAAGUUCACUGCUUGGUCUUUCGGUUACAGAUUCACUUGAGGCAGGGAUAAUUCUACAACUGGAAGCAAUUGGUGCUAAAAGGAUCCAGCAACCACAGCAUAACAAGGACUUCACCAACCUGGUCUCCAAAUUGAAAGAAAGGGAGCAAAUCCGUAUGUUCAAUAAAAGGAAAGCCUUGAAUCCAAGCCGAAAAUUAAAUGAAAUAAAGAUAAAAAUGGCCUACCUCGAAUGGUACAAGAAGAGGUGCAAGGCCAAGGAAAUAGGGUACUAUGAUAGUUACAAGAACCAUCUUUCUGAAAGUGAUAGAGAUGUUACCAAGUAUAAGAAAUUUCUCACGAACUACUGGAAAGACUUGGUUGAAGAAGCUGAGAAAAAGCCCCAAAAGGAAGGGAAAUUCAUUCAAUUGACGUGGCUUUUUGCCGGAACAAAUUAUAGAAGAAUGGUUGAGCCUCUUGAGAUAGCAGAGUACUACAGAACACAUGGCAACAGAAACUAUGAGGCUUUAAGGUCUGAACAUUACCGUCUGUUGGAGAAGUGGCAAAAAGAGGAUGCAGAUAGACCUACUGGUCCUCCGAGUAACAAGAAGAAGAAAGAAGUGGCUGGUGCUUUGACAGAGGAUUCUUGCUUUUGGGCAAAGGUGGAGGAAGCUAUCAUUUCAUGUGAAUUGUUGAUGGCUCCUACAUCCAGUGCCUUGGAGAAACAAUCAUCAAGGGAAUGCCUAAUUGACUUUGAGAAGUAUGUAAUGGAGCAAAUCAAGAAUUAUGCAGUAUCACCUGAGAUUUUCUUGAGAGAAAGCAGUUUUAUGAAAUGGUGGGGAAUGUAUCAGAAUACUGCCUCUAAUCGUUCACUCAUUGACUUUAUGAGGAACAGUAGAAAUGUCCAAUAUGAGAAGGGGUGCUUUUAGUCCUCUCACCGAAUAGAUUGUACUUUGUUGAUGGGAAUAAAUGUGUGCAUUUGCUCUAAAUUGAGUAAUGUGAAAUAUCCUAGUGACGUUCAGUCAAUCAAAUUUUGAAUGGCAGCAUCUUUUUCUUUUUA